UUUAAUGGGAACACAACUGAAGAACUGUGCGCCCGAUGGUCAGCGUUGGGUGCCUUCUAUCCGUUCAGCCGUAACCACAACUCCGACGACUGUAUAGAUCAGGAUCCGGUGUCGUUGGGGCCGACAGUGACCGCUGCGGCCAAACGGGCGCUGGAAAUGCGUUACUCACUAUUGCCUUACUUUUAUACGCUAUUCUUCAAAGCGCACACCACCGGAGACACUGUCGUUCGGCCCCUGUUUUUUGAAUUCCCAACCGAUCCCAACAGCUAUGAGAUUGAGACACAGUUUCUGUGGGGACCGGCCGUUAUGGUUGUGCCAACACUUUACCAGAAUAUGACUUUUGUGAACGCAUACCUUCCGCCUGGCGUUUGGUAUGACCUCCGAAACCACAGCUCAUAUGAGGCCAGAAGUGGCCAGUAUUUUACGCUCGACAGUCCGCUCACCGAUAUUAACGUAUUGCUGCGUUCGGGUCAUAUUGUGGUCACUCAGACACCCGAAGUGACCACCGCUGACACCAGGAAAGGAGACUUUAUUAUGAUUGUCGGUCUCGACGCCGAGUCCAAAGCCAACGGUUCCCUAUACUGGGACUCCGGCGACGGUUUGGAUAAUAUAUUGCUCAGAGAAUUCAAUUUGUUUGAAUUCAGUGUCCAAAAGAAUGAACUGAUUUCGACGCCUAAAGUGUUUGGAUAUGACAUGAAUGGCCAGAAACUGAGCAAAUGUGUGAUUCUCGGUGUGAAACAUAAGCCAAACAGUGUUUUCAUAAAUAGUGUUCCGACGAGUCGUUUCUCGUAUGACAAAAAUCUCAAUCGUUUGACAAUCGAUAGCAUUAACGCUGUUUUGUCCAAAAAUGUUACUAUCGUUUGGAAAUAGUUUUUC